CUUGUUUUAAAGUGGUGGCAACUUUCGUCUGGUGGCAACACAAAGCUCGAUUGUUUAUAUUGCGAGUGAGACAUAUUUUUUAUUUUUUAUAAACAUUUCCGGAAUUUGCUAUGCAGAUCACAAUCAAAGUCCUCAAGGGCCAAGACUGCACCAUCGAGGUGUCCCAGACAUCCACGAUUCUGGAGGUGAAACAACAGAUCGAAGCGGAACUCCAAAUAUUGGCGGCCAAUCAAAAGUUAUUGCUACUGGGACGCCCCUUGAACAAUGAACAGACAAUUGCAUCCUAUCCCAAUAUCAAAGAGGGCACCAAACUUAAUUUGGUAGUAAUGAAACCCUGCCUGAGGGACAGUAUCUUGCGCGGCUUCCGGAAGCACUAUUCCGAAACCCAGGCAGAGCGUCUAACCAAUGAGUUUAUGGCUGAUUUUGAGCGACAAAUCAACGAACAGAGCCUGGAUGAUUUGGAGAGAUUGGCGGAUAGUAUAGUCAGCAAAGCGGGAACAUAACCUUAGUAAAAAUGGGAAAAAAAAACCCACCCUCCCUUAUGACGGAAGUCUAUCCUCGCCCUACUGUUUUUAUUUCCCCCUUUAUAAAAAAGAAUGAGGUAGUAAAAAUUAAGACUUGACUGAAAAAAUACAA